AUGCUUCGCACAGUCGCAUUGUUCGCUCUUGUGGCUUUGAGUACAGCCAGUGUCUCCUACGAAGGAUGGAUCGGGCCGGCAACGUGCUUGUGGGGCAUCGACUUCUUACUGAACAAUUAUGGGUCUGACGCGGGCGCGACUGCCCUCCUGGACGCCUACGACCUCUACGUCCUGCCCGUCAACAAUCCCGACGGCUACGCCUACACCUGGAGUGAUGAUCGACUGUGGAGAAAAAACCGUCAGAAUUACCCUGACAACAUUUGCGUUGGUGUGGAUUUGAACCGGAACUUUGAUGUUGAUUUUGGCGGCCUGGGAACUUCCGGGAACUCGUGCGCUGAGACGUACAGAGGACCCUCAGCGGUAUCUGAGCCUGAGACUCAAGCCGUCCAGGCGGCCAUUGAUGCCCUGGCACCGCAAGCGCAGGCGCUGAUCAGCAUCCAUUCCUACAGCCAACUGUGGAUGUACCCAUACAGCUACACCUUUGACUUACCUGCUGAGGCCGACGAACUUGAUCGCGUGGCAGCCAUCGGCGUGAGCGCCUUGACUGCGGUCCACGGCACCGAGUACGUGUACGGCCCAGUCGCCGACACCAUCUACCCAGCAGCCGGCACCACAGUGGACUACGGAUACCUCGCCGGCAUCACCUACUCGUACACCAUCGAGCUCAGAGACACCGGCACCUUCGGCUUCCUGCUCCCUGCCAUCGAGAUCGUGCCCACUGCACAAGAGACCUGGGCUGGCAUCAUAGCCGCCAUCUUGGCUAUUCCUUGAUCAACGCUAAAUCAACAUGUUUAUUAAUUACAUCUUUGUAUGUUUUAAAUUUU